GCCAUGGCGUCGCCUUCGUCGUCGGGCGGCAGCCCCAUCCAGAUCCCCAGCCGCCUGCCGCUGCUGCUCACCCCGGAGGCCGUGCUGCUGCCGGGCUCCACCAUGCGCGCCAGCGUGGACUCGCCGCGGAACAUGCAGCUGGUGCGGAGCCGCCUCCUGAAGGGCACGUCGCUCAAGAGCACCAUCAUCGGCGUCAUCCCCGACACCAACGACCCGGCCAGCGACCUCGACCCGCUGCCCCCGCUCCACAGGAUUGGCACAGCGGCGCUGGCAGUGCAAGUGGUUGGCAGCAAUUGGCCCAAGCCUCAUUACACGCUGCUGGUCACGGGCCUCUGCAGGUUCCAGAUUUUGCAGCUGGUGAAGGAGAAGCCCUACCCCGUUGCCGAUGUCGAGCAGUUGGAUCGGCUGGAGCAGUUCACCAACAAGUCUAAAGCUGAGGAGGAGCUGGGGGAGCUCUCUGAGCAGUUCUACAAAUACGCAGUGCAGCUGGUUGAAAUGCUGGACAUGUCGGUCCCCGCAGUGGCUAAACUAAGACGCCUCUUGGACAACCUGCCUCGGGAAGCUCUGCCAGAUAUAUUAACUUCCAUCAUCCGCACCAGCAACCAAGAGAAGCUGCAGAUUUUAGACGCCGUUGGCUUGGAGGAGCGAUUCAAGAUGACCAUACCUUUGCUCGUUCGGCAGAUCGAAGGUUUGAAGUUGCUUCAGAAGACCAGAAAACCAAAACAAGAUGACGACAAAAGAGUUGUCACUAUACGUCCCAUUCGAAGAAUCGCUCACAUCGCAGAAGACGAGGAGGAAGACGAAGACCACGACGAUGUUGUUGUGCUCGAGAAGAAAAUCCGAGCCUCCAGCAUGCCUGAGCAGGCUCUGAAAGUGUGCAUCAAAGAGGUAAAGAGGUUGAAGAAGAUGCCUCAGUCAAUGCCGGAAUAUGCCUUAACUCGAAAUUAUUUGGAGCUGAUGGUGGAAUUGCCGUGGAAUAAAAGCACAAGAGACCGCCUAGAUAUCCGUGCAGCCAGAAUCCUUCUGGACAAUGACCACUACGCUAUGGAGAAGCUGAAGAAGAGAGUUUUGGAAUACUUGGCAGUCAGGCAGCUUAAGAACAACCUGAAGGGCCCGAUCCUUUGCUUCGUUGGCCCUCCUGGAGUUGGGAAGACUAGUGUGGGGAGAUCCGUAGCGAAGACAUUGGGCCGAGAGUUCCAUCGCAUUGCCUUGGGAGGAGUGUGUGACCAGUCUGACAUCCGAGGUCACAGGCGCACCUACGUGGGCAGCAUGCCGGGGCGAAUAAUCAACGGCUUGAAGACCGUCGGGGUUAACAAUCCCGUGUUCCUGCUCGAUGAGGUCGACAAGCUCGGGAAGAGCCUGCAGGGAGACCCGGCAGCAGCUCUGCUCGAGGUCUUAGAUCCGGAACAAAAUCACAGCUUCACAGAUCACUACCUGAACGUUGCGUUCGACUUGUCGCAGGUCCUUUUCAUAGCCACCGCCAACACCAUGGCGACCAUUCCCCCUGCUUUGCUGGACAGAAUGGAGAUCAUUCAGGUUCCAGGAUACACCCAAGAAGAGAAGAUGGAAAUUGCGCAUCGACACUUGAUCCCAAAACAGCUGGAGCAGCAUGGCUUGACUCCCCAGCAGAUUCAGAUCCCCCCGGAAGCGACUCUGGCCAUCAUCACUCGGUACACCCGCGAGGCAGGCGUGCGCUCUCUGGAUCGCAAAUUUGGAGCCGUUUGCCGAGCCGUAGCGGUGAAAGUGGCGGAAGGCCAGCACAAGGAGACGAAGCCAGAUCGCUCGGAAGUGACAGAAGGAGAAGAGUGCAAAGAGCAUGUCACGGAAGAUGCAAAACCCGAUGCCAUCAAUGAGACAGCCGACCUGGCCCUGCCGCCGGAAAUGCCCAUUUUAAUCGACUCCCACGCCUUGAAAGAUAUCCUUGGACCGCCAAUGUACGAGCUAGAGGUAUCCGAGCGACUCAGUCAACCAGGUGUAGCCAUUGGCUUGGCCUGGACCCCCUUAGGGGGAGAGAUCAUGUUUGUGGAAGCCAGCCGCAUGGACGGGGAGGGCCAGCUGACUUUGACCGGGCAGUUGGGCGACAUCAUGAAGGAAUCAGCUCAUCUCGCCAUCAGUUGGCUCCGCAGCAAUGCAAAGAAAUACCAACUGACAAACGCUUCUGGAAGUUUUGAUCUCCUUGACAACACAGACAUCCAUCUGCACUUCCCAGCUGGAGCCGUCACAAAAGAUGGACCAUCUGCUGGCGUUACCAUAGUAACCUGCCUUGCUUCACUUUUCAGUGGGCGGCUGGUGCGUUCGGAUGUAGCCAUGACUGGGGAAAUUACACUACGAGGCCUGGUUCUUCCAGUUGGUGGAAUUAAGGACAAAGUUCUGGCUGCACACAGAGCUGGGCUGAAGAGAAUCAUCAUUCCUCAAAGAAACGAGAAAGACCUCGAGGAGAUUGCGGCCAAUGUGCGGCAGGACCUGGAUUUUGUGAUGACAAGCAGCCUAGAUGAAGUUCUCAAUGCCGCCUUCGAGGGGGGGUUUUCAGCCAAGACUGGACUCGAUCACUUCAGUAGUAAACUUUAAGCAGAUU